AUGAUGGAAAAUAUAUUGUCUAGCCCUCUCUUCAGCGCGGCAGCUUUAGAUUUUGGAAUCCAGUGGGGUUUAUGGCUGGUGGCCUCCAUAUUUCAAACCGAAAAGUUUUACGAUUUGGCGGGUUCUUCCACGUUCAUUCUGUUAACAUGGCAGUCUCUUCGCAGAGGAAGAAAAUUUUACAUUCGCCAAGUUGUUCAAUCGGGCUGUAUCACCUUAUGGGGGCUUCGAUUAGGGCUGUACCUUUUCAGUCGGAUCCUGCGAGAUGGCAAAGACGCACGCUUUGACAAAGCUAAAGCAAAUCCUGCAAUUUUUUGGAUAUACUGGACUUUACAAGGCGUAUGGGUGUGGGUGACUCUGUUGCCAACCCUUAUACUGAACACCUCUACCAAAGAUGAGAAGUUAACCUGGAAGGAUUACUUAGGGUGGAUCAUUUGGCUGAUUGGGUUCUUUUUCGAGGCAGUUGCCGACCGUCAGAAGUCACAGUUCCGCACAGAUCCUUCUAACAAAGGGAAAUGGAUUUCAUCUGGUUUGUGGAGCCUGAGCCGACACCCAAACUACUUCGGAGAGAUCCUGAUGUGGUCUGGUUUGUUCCUCCCGGCUUCAUCCGUGAUGACUGGUAAUCAGUACUGGAGCGUGAUCUCUCCCAUAUUUGUGGCUUAUCUGUUGACGCGAGUGAGUGGUAUUCCUCUUCUUGAACGGCAAGGUCUAAACAAAUGGGGCCAUCUUCCAGAGUACCAAAAAUACCGUCAGAAUACAGCUGUACUGAUACCAUAUAUCUGGUAAACCAUAAUUACACGUACUGUUCUGGACAAAAAGAAAUAAACAAUGUGAAAGAACUCAUCAGGAUCUGAUUAUUUAGGGAUGAUGAUUACUGCAUUGUAGAUGAUUCGCCCCAAGAAUCUCCCUGUUUGGGUGUGGCUACUUUUAUUUUGCACUCAACCUAAGUGAGGUCUCCGAGUCCUUAUUAAUAUUAUUUACAAAAUUAUUUCACGCAUAGGUAGACAUAGAUUUCAGCCCUGGUCUAGUGGAAGCUAUUUUAGUUUGAGCAUUCAUGCUAACUCCAGGUAUGAUAUCUGCUCUUUCCUCUGUUUAGGUUUAAAAAGAGUUUUUUCGGUGUGUGUUUGUGUAUGAGUAAAAUCUGCUGGGGUGAUUGCAGGUGUAAAAAAGUGGUUGUCUGCGUGAAGUUGGCUACUCAAUGGAUCAUUUUGGUUUUGCAUCUGAAUGUGCUUCCCAUAAUGCCCAAUUUAACCUCUGCAGACAAGAGAGCUUUAAAGGAGCUGUGUCACGAAAUUCAGCCAAAUUAGGAAAUCACAAAAUGCCCGUUAAAUUAAGGGAAACAAAAAUAACCGCUU